AUGGCCCAGGGACUGCCCAGCACCACCAGCCUGGUGCGAUUCUGCCAGAAGCUGAACCGGCUGAAGCCACUGGAGGAGUCCACGCCAGAGACAUUGCUGCAGCACCGCCUGAGCACGCUGGACCUGACCCUGCUGGGUGUGGGUGGCAUGGUGGGCUCAGGCUUCUAUGUACUCACGGGCCCUGUGGCCAAGGAGAUGGCCGGCCCUGCGGUUCUUGUGUCCUUCAGCAUUGCUGCUGUGGCCUCCCUGCUUGCAGGCCUAUGCUAUGCGGAGUUCGGGGUACGUGUGCCUGGUAGAGGUUCUGCCUACCUGUUCACCUACGUGUCCAUGGGUGAGCUGUGGGCCUUCCUUGUUGGCUGGACAGUGCUACUCCAGUGUCUAAUUAGUGGCGCUGCCGUGGCCAGUGCAUGGAGCAGCUACCUGGACACCAUCUUCAGCCACCGCAUCCGCAGCUUCACUGUGGCCCAUGUGGGCAUCUGGCAGGUGCCUGUCCUGGCCAAGUACCCAGACUUCUUGGCUGCUGGCAUGGUACUUUUGGCCUCCGCAUUCAUCUCCUGUGGAGGCCGUGUCCCUUCCUGGCUCAACCACGUGCUGCUUCUCAUCAACCUGCUCGUCAUCCUCUUCAUCAUCAUCCUGGGGUUUGUCCUGGCCCGCCCGCACAACUGGAGUGCUGACGAGGGUGGCUUUGAGCCCUUUGGCUUCUCUGGCAUCAUGGCCGGUGCUGCCACCUGCUGCUAUGCCUUCGUGGGCUUUGAAGUCAUUGCUGUCGCCAGCGAGGAAGCCCAGAAUCCAAAGCGAGCUGUGCCUAUGGCCAUCGCCAUCUCCCUUGGACUGGUGGCUAGUGCCUACAUCCUCGCCUCCACUGUGCUCACCCUCAUGGUGCCCUGGCACAGCCUGGAUCCUGACUGGGUGCUCACUGAUGCCUUCUACCAGCGGGGCUACAGCUGGGCGGGCUUCAUCGUGGCCGCUGGUGCUAUCUGUGCCAUGAACACUGUCCUGCUCAGAAUCCUCUAUUUCCUGCCACACGUGGUCUGUACCAUGGCUGCCGACGGGCUCUUCUUCCAGGUGUUUACCCAUGUGCACCCCUGGAAUAAAGUCUCCAUAGUGGGCAUCCUGGUGUUCGGGGUCCUCAUGGCUCUCCUGGCACUGCUCCUGGACCUUCGGGGACUGUUCCAGUUCCUGUCCAUCACUGUACUGCUAGCCUACACCUUCCUGGCCACCGGCAUUAUUGUACUAUGCUUCCACAAGUCCCCUCCAGCCAGUUCACUGGACACAGCAGGCUCGGUGGGCAGUGAGCAGGCCUCUGACCCUGAGCCCGGGCAGCUGCGACCAGCCCUGAGGCCCUACCUUGGCUUCCUGGGUGGGUACAGACCUGGAGCCGCUGUGGCUUGGGCACUCGGUGUCCUGGUGUCCUCAGCCGUCACUCUGGACUGCGUGCUGGUCUUUGGGGGCUCGGCCCUGCACCUCCCACCCUGGGGCCACACCCUGCUGCUCCUGCUCAGCUCCGUCGUGUUUCUGCUCAGUCUCCUUGUCCUGGGGGCCCACCAGCAACAGCACCAGGAGGAUGCCUUUCAGAUUCCCAUGGUGCCCGUGACUCCAGCCCUGAGCAUCCUCCUCAACAUCUUCCUCAUACUGCAGCUGAGCUACCUAGCCUGGCUGGGCCUCGCCAUCUGGCUGCUGAUUGGUCUCACGGUGUAUUUUGGCUAUGGCAUCUGGCACAGCAAGGAGAACCAGCGGGAGCUGCUGGGGUUGACUGCCACACGUAGCAGCCCAGAAAAGACAGCCCAGGACAUGCAGAUCCCCAGCCAGGCACCGGCCCAGGAUCCCGGCCACAUGGAGCAGCCCGCCAAUCCAUGA